GGCUUAGACCAACACUUUAUUUUGACGAUGAAAUUCCUAAGUGGUUUUUAAGUUUAAUGCAUAAUUGUUGGAGUCAUGAUAUUAGAAGUAGACCCAAUGCUUAUACUUUAUAUCAAAAAUUUGAUAAUUGGAUUAACUAUGGAGACGAGUUCAGGGAUUUGGAAUAUAACGUCAUCGGCCCGUUAGUUGAAUCGGAUUUUCAUAAUGAGGCCACUUAUACGAGUCAAAUUUG